CGCUUUGCCGCAAAACAUCUCAACUCAAAUCGGCGGCCGGACAGACACAUCAGCACAAUGAAACGCGUAUAAAAUCACUUCGAACACGGUGUUGGCAGUUUAGUCGUUCUUCUGCCGUGUGUGCCGUCACAUAUACUGUGUGCUGUGAUAAUUAGCAACUACUACAUAUAUACAUUUAUUGUUGAAUCGAAGUGGGAAAAACCGAAAAUAUGAAAUUGUUUGUUGGAUGCGCAAUUAUCGUGGUGGCGUCAGUAUUUGCCACCGCAUCAGCUGAAGCCGAUGCUGGUUUCUUCAUACCGAAAGCGUUUUACACGCUCGACUCCGAGGGUCACCAAACUCAGCCACAUCCUGUGAGCCCACAUACUGCUCAGUAUCUGAACCGCUUGCGUCGUCAAGUUGUCAGUUCCUCAUCAUCAUCUUCGUCGUCUUCAUACUCGUCAUCUGGUGAUGGACGCCCGAUAGUCUUCGGCACUACGAGUACAUCCUCACACGGUCCACAGGGAAGCUUUAGCGUUGUAAGCCGUUUUGGUGAUGACGGCAGCUCAUCAACGUCUUCCCACGGUUCCGGCUUUGGCGGUAACUAUCCCAACAGCAACAGCGGUGCAUACGAUAGCAACUAUCAUAGUGGUGCCGGUCAGUACGGUACCAAUAGCAACAACUAUGGCACCAACUCAUAUAAUGACAAUGCUUACCACCCGGUACCUCAGUAUUCAGGAGCCUCCGCCUCGUCAUCCUUGCACUCCGGCAAUGACGGCAAGGUCGUCUUUAAAACCGAACAGUCUGUAACAUCGACCAAUCCCAAUGCCCAUACCAAUUUCCAAAAUCGUUUCGGUGGUGAUGACAUACCACAAACAGUCAGCAAAACCGUAUCCACCACCGGUUACAUUGACGAGAAGGGUGUUGUACAUUCCAAGACAACCACCACAAAACAUUAAUUUAUUGUAAUUCGAUUUUUUUUAAUGUAGUAUUUUUUUAUUAUUCAUAUAAAUUUUAUUUUCGCAAUAAAAUAGAUUAAUUCUAAAAUA